AAAAGGGUGAGGGAGACAAGCUCGGAGAGCAGAGAAAAGGGGCCACUGGUCGCCCCCCCCCCCGUUUCCCCGCACGCGCUCCCUAACCGCGUUUAUCCCUGCCUCUCCCGUCUGUACCCUGUGAGCUGAACCAAGUGCAGAGCGAGGCCCUGCUAGGGCGGCCAUGCGGCGGUGACAGGAGCGCGGCCGAGACGCACGGGCCCCUCGCCCCCCGCCCGCUCGCCAGCUAGCCUCAGUCGAGUCUUCUCUGCGGUGGACGCAGCGCGCGCGGCCCCUCUCGCUUCCCGUUGGCUCCCUGGCCCCGCGUUGCCCGGAGGCGGCUGCACUCGGAUCAGAACAGCAAGGACACAGAUAAACCUAAUCUCUGAAAUGGAUCUCCAACAAGAAACACAAGAAGAUUUUAAAGAAUGGCUGGAGUCUGUUUUCAGAGAUAAAGGAAGUCACCACAUCUAUUAAACAGUAUUGACCAGAAUAAAAGAUGAAAAAUGAAACAGCAGAGGCAAUUAAAUUCAUCUUUGAAACUCAUAAAGAAGAAUUAAAAAUCAAAGCAGGGAAAUAAGAGAUGAAGUGAAAAAAAUCAUAAUGGGGAAAAUAAGGCACUUGAAUUACUGGGAAGGAAGGUGCGGCAGUCUGAGGACACCAUGACCACAGUCUCUCCUUACCCAGGGUUUCACUUUCUCCGGUUUCAGUUACCCGCAGGUCAGUCUGAAAAUAUUAAAUGGAAAAUUUCAGAACUUGCAAUCUAUAAGUUUAAAAUUUCUUGCCCUUCUGAGUAGCGUGGUGCUGUCUCCAAGUCCCAUACAGGACAUGAGUCACCCCUUUGUCCAACACACAGCCUCCGUGUCCCCUACCCUAGUAACUGUCUUGGUUAUCUGCACCUCUGUCGUGGGAUAUCACAGUGUGUGCAAAGUAACUCUUACUUUACUUGUCAUAAUGGCCCCAAAGCUCAAGAGUCCCAGUGCUGGCCAUUUGGAAAUGCCCAAGAGAAGCCGCAAAGUGCUUCCUUUAAGUGAAAAGGUGAAAGUUCUUGACUUAAUAAGGAAAGAACAGAAAUCCUACGCUGAGGUUGCUAAACUGUACGGUAAGAAUGAAUCUUCUAUCCGUGAAAUUGUGAAGAAGGAAAAGGAAAUCCGCACUAGCUUUGCCGUCGCCCCACAGAACGCCAAAGUCACGGCCACCGUGCGCGAUAAGUGCUUGGUGAAGGUGGAGAAGGCGCUGAGUCUGUGGGUGGAAGACAGGAGCAGGAGCCGCGUGCCCGUCGAUGGCAGCGCGCUGCGCCAGAAAGCGCUGAGCCUGUACGAAGACUUCAGCCAGGCUUCCCCGGAACAGAGCUGCAACGCACAGGAGCGAAAGCCGUUCACGGCAAGCAAGGGAUGGUUACACAGAUUCAGGCGCAGGCUUGGCCUGAAGAAUGCAAAAGUCACUGGAGAGGCGGAGAACGCCUGUGAAGAGCCUGCAGCCGCCUGUCCCGUGGAGUGGGACAAGUUGGUUAAGGAGAAAGGAUGUCCUCCAAAGCAAACCUUGCCUUGUGGUGAAAGCAGGCAGAAGAGGGGGAUCAUGGCCCAGGUUGCGAUGUCCACACUGCCCAUUGAAGAUGAGGAGUCCUCAGAGAGCAGGAUGGUGGUGACCUUUCUCAUGUCUGCCCUUGAGUCUAUGUGUAAAGAACUGGCGAAGUCCAAGGCAGAAGUGGCCUGCAUUGCAGUGUAUGAAACAGACGUGUUUGUUGUCGGAACCGAGCGAGGACGUGCAUUUGUCAAUACCAGAAAGGAUUUUCAAAAAGAUUUUGUAAAAUACUGUGUUGAAGAAGAAGAAAAGGCUGCAGAGAUGCAUAAAAUGAAAUCUACAGCACAGGCAAAUCGGAUGAGUGUGGACGCGGUGGAAAUCGAAACACUCAGAAAGACGGUUGAGGACUAUUUCUGCUUUUGCUAUGGGAAAGCGCUAGGCAAAUCCACAGUGGUUCCCGUUCCCUACGAGAAGAUGUUACGGGACCAGUCAGCGGUGGCGGUGCAGGGGCUUCCAGAAGGAGUUGCCUUUAAACACCCUGAGAACUAUGAUCUUGCUACACUGAAGUGGAUUUUGGAAAACAAAGCAGGGAUUUCAUUCAUCAUUAAGAGACCUUUCCUCGAGCCAAAGAAACACCUAGGUGGUCGGGCAAUGGUAACAGAUACUGAAAGGUCAAUAUUGUCUCCAAGUGGAAGUUGUGGCCCCAUCAAAGUAAAAACUGAACCCACAGAAGAUUCUGGCAUUUCCCUGGAAAUGGCUGCUGUGACAGUAAAGGAGGAAUCAGAAGACCCUGAUUACUACCAGUAUAACGUUCAAGGCCCUUCUGAGACUGAUGAUGUUGAUGAAAAGCUCCCUCUUUCGAAGUCUUUGCAAGGAAGCCAUCACUCUUCAGAGGGCAACGAAGGAACAGAAAUGGAAGUUCCAGUAGAAGAUUCUACUCAACAUGUCCCUUCAGAAACAAGUGAGGACCCAGAAGUUGAGGUGACUAUUGAAGAUGAUGAUUACUCUCCACCUACCAAGAGACCAAAGAGCAAUGAGCCGCCGCAGCCCCCAGCCCCAGAGCCUGCAAACGCCGGGAAGCGGAAAGUGCGGGAGUUCAACUUUGAAAAAUGGAAUGCUCGAAUUACUGAUCUCCGUAAACAAGUUGAAGAGUUGUUUGAAAGGAAAUACGCUCAAGCUAUAAAAGCCAAAGGUCCGGUGACGAUCCCAUACCCUCUUUUCCAGUCUCAUGUGGAAGAUCUUUAUGUUGAAGGACUUCCAGAAGGAAUUCCUUUUAGAAGGCCGUCCACGUAUGGAAUUCCUCGCCUUGAGAGAAUAUUGCUUGCAAAGGAAAGGAUUCGUUUUGUUAUUAAGAAACACGAGCUUCUGAACUCAACGCGUGAAGAUCUACAACUUGACAAGCCGGCGUCAGGAGUGAAGGAAGAAUGGUAUGCCAGAAUCACUAAGUUAAGAAAAAUGGUAGAUCAGCUUUUCUGCAAAAAAUUUGCUGAAGCCUUGGGAAGCACAGAAGCCAAGGCUGUCCCAUACCAAAAAUUUGAGGCCCAUCCCAAUGAUCUGUAUGUGGAAGGACUACCAGAAAACAUUCCUUUCCGAAGUCCCUCGUGGUAUGGCAUCCCAAGGCUGGAAAAAAUCAUUCAAGUGGGCAAUCGAAUCAAAUUUGUUAUCAAAAGACCAGAACUUCUGACGCACAGCACAACUGAAGUUACUCAACCAAGGACGAACACGCCAGUCAAAGAAGACUGGAAUGUCAGAAUUACCAAGCUACGGAAGCAAGUGGAAGAGAUUUUUAAUUUGAAAUUUGCCCAAGCUCUCGGCCUCACGGAAGCAGUGAAAGUACCAUACCCUGUAUUUGAAUCAAAUCCUGAGUUCCUCUAUGUGGAAGGCUUGCCAGAAGGGAUUCCUUUUCGAAGCCCCACCUGGUUUGGAAUUCCCCGCCUAGAAAGGAUUGUCCGUGGGAGCAAUAAAAUCAAAUUUGUUGUUAAAAAACCUGAGCUUGUUGUUUCCUACCUGCCUCCCGGCAUGGCUGGUAAAAUUAACACUAAAGCAUUGCAGUCCCCAAAAAGGCCCCGAAGCCCUGGGAGUAACUCGAAGGUCCCUGAAAUUGAGGUGACUGUGGAGGGCCCUAAUAACAAUAGCCCUCAAACCUCCACUGUUCGAACUCCUACGCAGACUAAUGGUUCUAAUAUUCCCUUCAAGCCUCGAGGGAGAGAGUUUUCUUUUGAGGCCUGGAAUGCCAAAAUCACAGACCUGAAACAGAAAGUGGAAAAUCUUUUCAAUGAGAAAUGUGGAGAAGCUCUUGGCCUUAAGCAAGCUGUGAAGGUGCCAUUUGCGUUGUUCGAGUCUUUCCCGGAAGACUUCUACGUGGAAGGCCUGCCCGAGGGGGUGCCUUUCCGCAGGCCCUCCACUUUCGGCAUCCCUCGGCUGGAGAAGAUCCUCCGGAACAAGGCCAAGAUCAAGUUCAUCAUUAAGAAGCCCGAAAUGUUUGAGACUGCUAUCAAGGAGAGCACUUCCUCCAAGAGCCCUCCCAGAAAAAUAAACUCAUCACCCAGCGUUAAUACUACUGCAUCAGGUGUUGAAGAUCUUAACAUCAUUCAAGUAACAAUUCCAGAUGAUGAUAAUGAAAGACUGUCAAAAGUUGAAAAAGCCAGACAGCUAAGAGAGCAAGUGAAUGACCUCUUCAGCCGGAAGUUUGGCGAAGCCAUCGGUAUGGGGUUCCCAGUGAAAGUUCCCUACAGGAAAAUCACAAUCAACCCUGGAUGUGUAGUGGUUGACGGCAUGCCUCCUGGGGUGUCAUUCAAAGCCCCCAGUUACCUGGAAAUAAGCUCCAUGAGGAGGAUCUUAGAUUCUGCUGAGUUUAUCAAAUUCACAGUCAUUAGACCAUUUCCAGGACUUGUGAUUAAUAACCAGCUGGUUGAUCAGAAUGAGUCAGAAGGCCCAGUGAUUCAAGAAUCAGCAGAGCCCAGCCAGUUGGAAGCUCCACCAGCAGAAGAAGUUAAAGAGACAGAUGCAAGCUCUCAGAUCAAGCAAGAACCAGACCCCACGUGGUAGACCUCUUCCCGCCUAGGCUUAAAGUAUCAGUGGUUGAGAAGAGCUUUUCGGACCUGUUACUACCCCAAGCUGUGUAAUAUACUUGUAUAACAGAAAUACCUUCUAUACAAACCUUUUUUUCUACUUUUAGAUAGAAAUGUCUACUUUUUCAGCAGUUCUGUGAAUUGAAUUAAAGAGCAGCGUGACUGUAGACCUGGAAUGGCUGGCUUGCUUCGGAAUGUAUCCUAAGGAUUUUACAGCAAUGCUGGGAAAACGACAGGGAAUAUGACAGGGAUGAAUCUCAUCAGAUUUUUUUACAUAUUCGGCAGAACCUUCAGCUAUAGUGUGUAUUUUCCAAUUGAGUGAAGAUAUCUCCUACUGGAACAUCUCAGUUUCUGCAGCAAAGAAAAUUCCUGUGACAGUCAGUUCUUUAGUUUUUCUAUUUGAAAAAUCAUGUCAGUGAUCCUUUGUCCACAGCUUUCCCUACUGACUGAGUGAACAGCUGGUAUCUGUAUAUUUGACUAAACUUUUCCUAGGCUGUCUAUCAUGGUUCAUCUGUUCUUUUGUCAUAAUUAAAGAGGAAUCUUCCGGAUCACCUAGCAGCCCGAGGUCAGCAUCACCACGUGGAUCCCGGACGAUGGACGACGGAUGGGAGCUUCUUCCACUUGGUCGCUUGCGUCCAAAUAAAAUGCAUAGUCUAGCCGGAGGUUGGUGGUCGGGUGUGAGUAUCUGGGCCAUCGAGGAAGGAUGCCCGCCGUCCGUGACCGGGGCGCAUGGGUUCUCUGAGUGCUGUCCGGCUUGGCUCGGGUUCGAGGGCUUUGCUGCCAUCGUUAUUUUCUAAUUCUGCUUGUAACACUGAGGCACCAGUGUGGGGAGCGAGGGGUCAGUAAGCUUAAUCCUGCACCUUUGAUAUUCUACGCCUUUGUAGGAGAAUCUUACCUGUGUGGCGACUUCACAGACAAUAAGAGUUGUAAAUCAAGCUGUCAAAGCUAGAGUAUGUGAUGGCAUAGAGUUCCCAUUAGCUUUAUCACGAUAUUCACAAUGGAGAAUUAUAUUACACGGUAGCAGAAAUAGACAUUUUUAUGUGUUGCUUAUAUUUUACCUCAAAUUGUAGAUAUAGGGUAAUAAAUAAAAUCCAUCCAUGCCUUUCACACACCAA